AUGUCAUCACACGAUAAAUUCACAUUAUACUGGCUUGACGAGUCCAGAUCACAUCGUAUUUUAUGGCUUCUUGAGCUCUUAGAGCUCGAUUACGACGUUGACGUCUACCUACGCCACGAGGAGACAUGGAGAGGACCCCCUGAGUUGUUUCAGGUUCAUCCAUUGGGAAAGUCACCAAUUCUUGAAAUCAAGUUCGCCGAUGGAAGGCCGGACCUCCAAUUGGCCGAGUCCGGCUUGAUCAUCCAGUACCUCUUGAAGCAUUAUGACCCACAUCGGAAAUUCCUGCCAAAGGGCGAGAGAGACCAGAUCAAGAUGGACUAUUACCUUCACUACGCUGAGGGAACACUUGAAGCUAUUUUGAUGUCUAUGUUGAUCAACUCCACGGCAAAACGUGUGGCACCUUUUGGAAUGAGGACUCUCGCCAAAGUCUACUCCAGAGGAGUCAAUAACGGCUACUACAUCCACGAAUAUCACCUUAAUUUGCGCUACUUGGAGCAGCGGCUCCGUGAAGAAGGCACGGGAUACUUUGUGGGUGGAAAGUUGACUGGUGCCGAUGUGAUCCUCACUUUCCCCAUUUACGAGAACUUGUUUGAUAAUGAGGCCGGCGUCAAGGAAUGUGCCGAUGAAACAGACCUUUUUAAAAAAUACCCCAACCUAGCGGCCUGGUGCGACAAGAUCAAGAACAACCCCGCCUACAUGCGGAUCACCGAGAUGAUGAGAGCCAAGGUCGAUGAGAUGUACGCUAUGAAGAAAAGCAAGAGAAAAUAG